UUCACAUGGUUGAUUCAUAUAAACGGUCAAUUAUACAUCCCUCAACAUGUCUCUUGAAUCCAUCAUUUUUGGAUGUGGCUAAAUGCUAAUUUUGCUAAUUUCUAAGCAAAUAUGGCAAUCGCCGCUGCCAUUAUUCUUCCUAUUGGUCUUAUCUUCCUUCUAUCCGGCCUUAUUAUCAACUUUAUUCAGAUGCUUUUACUUUCAGGUAGUUCUCUUCAUUCUAGUUCGACCCUUUUCAAAAAACAUAUUCAGAAGGAUAAACAAAGAAGUUGCAGAAUUGUUAUGGUUGGAAAUCGUAUGGCUUUUCGACUGGUGGGCAAAUGUUAAGGUUGAGCUGUACACAGACCAAGAAACUUAUGAGAUACUGGGAAAAGAGCCUGCACUAAUAAUCUCCAACCAUAGAAGUGACAUUGACUGGCUUGUUGGAUGGGUUCUAGCUCAGAAGGAUCUACCUUUUGAUAUUUUCCUCUAUGGUUCUAAACAGCGAGUAGGUUGUCUCGGAUACACAAUUGCUUUGGCAAAGAAGUCCCUAUCAUAUCUUCCAGUUUUAGGAUGGUCAAUGUGGUUUUCUAGUUUAAUCAGUCUUGAGAGAAGCUGGAACAAGGAUGAAAACAUCUUGAAGUCAGGAUUCCGAGAGCUAAAUGGUUUCCACCAACCUUUUUGGUUGGCUGUUUUUGUAGAAGGAACUCGCUUCACACAUACAAAGCUUUUAGCAGCUCAAGAAUAUGCUGUUUCUGUAGGAAAACCUAUCCCAAGGAAUGUUUUGAUUCCUCGAACCAAGGGUUUUGUUGCAUCAGUAAGCCAUUUGCGUUCCAUUAUUCCGGCAAUCUAUGAUAUAACACUUGCAAUUCCUAAAGAUAAGCCUCGACCGACAUUGCUAAGAAUGCUUAGGGGAUGUUCUUCUGUGGUUCAUGUGCGUCUUGAACGCCGUUUGAUACAGGAAUUACCAGAAGAUGAGAGUGGUAUUGCACAAUGGUGCAGAGAUGUUUUUGUUGUAAAGGAUGCUUUAUUGGACCGGCAUCUUGCAACGGGUACAUUUGGUGACCAAGAAUGUCAAGAUAUUGGAAGACCAAAGAAAUCCUUAAUGGUUGUUAUCUGUUGGUCAUGUUUCCUUUUCUUGAGUGCUAUAAAGUUUUUUGAAUGGUGUCCAUUCUCUUGGGGAGGAGUUGUAUUUUGUGCAGUUUUCUUGGUCUUGGUUCUAGUCUUGAUGCAGAUUCUCAUUGUCUUUUCCAAGUCAGAAAAAUCUACUGCUCCUAAAGUACCUCCUCCAACUACAUUGAAAGAAAACCUACUUCCUGCAUGAUGAUAUAUGAUGUAAAUUAAGAUGUUCCAACUGGUUUAUAUAUAGGGGUGAUUUGAGCAUCCAAAUUAGAGGAGAAGACUAACAAGGGCUGCUUUUUACAAGAAAUUUUUGAAGAUCAAGAUUCAUUGAUACUUUGGUGGCUCUAUCUUUCUCAUUUAUUUUCUUUUGGUUUGUUAUUCAUGAUUGGCCUCUUAUGAAACAAUCAGUAAUAUGUUUAGGUAAACUUUAGUAUAUAAAUUAUCCAAAUGUAUUCUUUAUUUUUGUUUCAUUAUAUGUAAAAAGUUGCUAUGUUAUAUGUCAAAGUAUAGGGUUGUAAUAGUCAUUUCAUAAGGAUAGCAUUUGGAGGGAAAGUUAGUUACGAUUCAAUAAGCUCAGUCGGUGACUAACAACCAUAGGAAAAGCAUGCAUUAACAUGGUCAAAGAUACAAUUGCUCCUAAAAAAAUUUCUACGUCUUUUCCGUGGAAGGUAUUUUUGUAAAUAAAUAUAUUUUUAGAAAUAAUACAAUUCAUGUAAUUUUUUAAUA